GCAAGCAUUUACUCAACACACAUUCAUUUGGCUUGUCUCGUUUUAUCAAACAGUUACAGAAAUUUUUAGGAAAAAAAAAUUGAAAAAUUUCCAUGCUGAACGGAGUAAAAAAAAGAGAAUAAAAUUUUAGGUAAGACCUAUUUACAAUGCAAGCCCAUCAUGCGAUGCCCGAUUUCCGGUGCCGGAAUAAUUGCCAACACAAGGAGUGCCAAAGACAUGCUCCCUUGGGAAUAAUCGAUCAACAUACUCAGUGCAAGUGCCUGGGUGAAGUCAAUGCAUCUUCGAUAUUUCUGGAAAAUGUUCUGGAUCUGGCCAACACUUUGUCCCAGAUUAUGAUCAUCUGUGGACUGCACGAGUGCAAGGCCAAGUCAACGGUGGACAUAAUCACAUAUGCCUUCCUGCACUACGAUCAAGUGUGCUACUGCAUAGAUACGACUCCAAAGAAACGUUUGAGAAAGGAGGAUUUGUUCCAUGAACUGGGUAAGAAGUCGCUGAUGAACAAGGUUGAAGCCCACUUGGCCUAUGCCAUUAUCAAGCGAGGUUUCAAGGCAUUCUACUAUGAGCCCAAACAGGAUUUGACCUAUGAUGAUCAGGGCAGACCCUCCUACAACGAUGAGUGUGUUUGGGUUCAUGCGGCCAGGAAGUCAGCUGAAUCCUUUGCCCGAUUUGAUGGUCUCUCCUGCAGCGAUCAGCUGGCCUACGAGGCCAAGAUCAAGAUAGCCUUCAAGAAGUUCUACGAUCGAAUGCAGACACGCAAGAAGCAACCUGAGGGCGAUGAUUGUAAUUGCUGUUUCUGUGCCAAAAAGCGGGGUCAUCUAGUUUAUGCCAAGGAGCCAGCUCCCUGCUCCUCCUCCGGCAAAAAGAAGCCCAAGCAUGUGUGUCCAUAUUGUUGCAAGAAAAAGCAAAAGCAGCAGUACACACAUCCUGCUCGCCAGCCGGCCAAAUGCCCCAAAUGCCACAAAUCGAGGAAAUUCUGUUGCUGCACAAAAAUGGACUUCAACUUGCAAUGGGUCAAGAGUAUAUGGGAACGUCCAGACUUCAAUCAGUACUACAAGAACGAAAUUGCCGAGAUCGAAGAUCGCUUGGUCAAGGGCACCUGCUGGCUGCCUCCGGAGCCUGAGGAGAAGUUGGGUGAACUUGAAGAAGAGGGUGAGGAGGAACACGUUCCGGAGGUACCACCGGAGACACUUCUGGCUCUUGGCGGCAAAACGGUGCCCACUAAUCCGGAUGAGGCACCUGCAGAGGCUGGAUCCCCAGAGGCCACCAAGCAAGGAUCCAUCACCGAAGUCGCACCUGAGGCAUAGUUAUGAAAGGUCCUGCGAAUCAGCCAAUAUCAGCACUCUAAAUUUCAAGUUAGCAAAAUUCACAGUGUCAGCAGAUCUAUUAAAGAUCUGCCUAUUAUUUAUAAUAUCUUAUUAAAGACGUAUUAAAACGA